CGCCAUCUUGAAUCCUGAGCCCAUAAUACUAGUCAGCGGUAUCGCGCUUUUCAAAAUGCGCGCUCAGACGAUUCCAAACAUUGAAAUCAUUGCAAGAAAAUCGAAGGAAUUCUGUUGCAAUCGUCUAUUUGUUUGAAUGGCUGCAAAUCGUCGAUGUCAUAUCAAAUUUUGCACUGAGAGUGUUAUCACCUUUGAACGUUGACAGUUGGAAAUUCGAGAGGAACACAUGACGAAUAAGGAGGGCAGACUCAAAAUAAUGGCGCUUUAACGUAUUCGGAAGGAUUCGAGCAAUUAUAUUAUGCAUUAUGCUCGAGCAGUUACAGUGCGGUUAAUGUUGGCCACAGUUUGAUGAAUAUCUGAGAUCGUUUCUCAAGAUAAUUGUCGCGUAGGCUUUGAUUGAGCAGAAACUAGUAUAGAAAAUGGAGCCGUUACGUGUCAAACUUGAUGAUUUAAUGAGCUUUAAUGACGAGGAAGAGAAGAAGUCAUCCGCAAAUUCUAGAGUUUCUUGGCUAUCUGUACUUUCCUCUGAGUUUGAAGAACCCCCGAGGGGCAGUGACAACGAUCUUGGCAAUGAGCUAUCUAAACCAGACUUUUCUUUACCUGAUAUCACCGGAGCAAACUACGGGUAUCAAGGCCAAGCUAGUGAUAACAGACAUGGGGUUGACUAUGGUGCUAGUUCUCGACCUGGUGCAAGCUUAGAGCCAAUGACAGUGUUUGGCUUGUUUGCUCAAAAAUCUGACAGUCAAAGUAAGAGACGAAUAAGUGAUCCAGGAAGCUCUGUAGAGCCACAGCCUUGCCAGCCAAGCCUUUCUCAGCACUCUCUUUCACAAUAUGACAUGUCAGAGACACUGUCUGUUGCCAAGGCAUUUGGAUUUGAGGGGACAAAUCCUUUUGUCUCCAUGGAAACAACCAACUCAAUGGGUGAACCUAGAGCUUCUAAUGUCCCACCUCCAGUUCCACCCAAAACAAGGAAAUACUUUGAUGGACAGCAAAAUAAAGAGACUGAUCCUAAGAAAGAGGUGUAUACUUCCACACUUCAAGUCAUUCUAAGUAAAUCAGAGGAGGCAGAGAAAUUCAGAGAAAAUGAAGGUCUGAAGCGCACGGAUAGUAUGAGUUCAACAGAUUCCUUCCACCCCUAUGGGUCUAUUUCCCUCAGGCGCAAUUUAUCAAACAGAUCUCUAGCAAGUCCUGGCCCCCAGUGUGAAAGCAGUCACACUACUCCUUUAAAAAAGAUUGAUACUACUGAUAGGGAACCAGAAUCUGCUAAUUUUGAAAAGUGGAAUGACUUCACAGACCUUCAAGUAGCCUUACCAGAUUUAGACAAAGAGGAAAAAGAGUUUUUUGGCCAUGCAAUAUCACAGACAAAGUCCAUACCUCAACCUAAAAAAAAGAGUGAAACUCAUCGUUACUCAAUCCAUGAUAGUUCUGCAAAAUCUUUGCCUCGUAGACCUAGAAUCGAGGACUCUAAACCAGAGAUGUUCCUAGGGGGUGGGUUAUUUGAGGUUGCUAAGGAACGUGAUGCUGAGGUGAUUGCAUUUGGUGAGAUGCUGUCAGAAGUGCGGAGUAACUUUCACUGGUAUGAGUCUAGCAACCGAGGAUAUGUUUUGAGUCCAGCUCUACCAUCAAGGUUUGGGAAAACCAUCUGUAACAGGGAAACAGAAGUAGUUGUUGUUAUUUUUACAGAAGGGCGAAGAGAUACAUUUCGUUUCGCAAUUGACACAUGGGCCUCAGUGAAAGAGGUCCUUGAACUAACUCUAAGCUGUUUGUCAAAUUCUGAUGUAAACAUAGAGCAUGCCUCCACUACACACAUUUUGAAGAUAUGCGGGAGAUCAGAGUAUCUGGAGGCACAGAGGAAACUGGUUGAAUAUGAAUACAUUCAGGAGUGUUUGAAAUUCCAGAAAGAGGUUCAAUUUGUGUUAUUAGAGAAUGACAAAGUGUCCAGGCUUCUAGCUAGGACAGCAUCAGAUGAUGAAAUAGAUCUGGUACCAAGAAGCUAUAAAGACUUUUUUAAUUUAUCACACACCACAGCAGUUUCCCAGUAUGGUCUGACAGUUUUGGUAGAAUCGUUUACUGAGGAAACAUCACGACUUUUGCAGGAAGCUACAAGUCUGGUCAACCCCAAGUUUGAACCAAGUCCCAUAAUUCAACUGACAAAGGCUAUUUGUUCUACUCUAGCAUCCAUUGAGACUGCUGAUAUCCAUGUUGCAGUUGAUGCUCUUAACCUCUUUCAUGAAGUCAAUAAGAACAGUGCAGUCCUGAAUGUUACAAUCUUGAAAAAUUUACUCUCCAACUUGAAAGAUUCAGUGUUCCUUCUGAUAGAAAUGUACUGUGAUGCAUUUGAUACUGAGUUCGCCUCCAGACAGAUUUCAAGACCAGGUCUUUCUGGGACAUUAGACGUCAGUUCUAUGACUGACAAGCUAAAGGUCCAUAUUUCCUCUGCACAUAGAAUUCCACUCUAUUGGAAACAGGACUUUGAGAAUUUUUCUGUAGAUGGUGGGGUGUACUAUGGUGGUUGCUUGCUCUGCCCAAUUGAAACAACAACCCAGAGUAAGUUAACACGCAAGUUUUCCGAGCUUCUCCAAUGGGGUGAUUGGCUUAAGUUUGACAUACCUGUCAAGAGGUUGCCACGUGAGUCACGCCUCUGCCUCACCCUCUACGGAACCAAACCCUCCUCUAAAGGAAACCCAAGCGCAAGGUCAGCUCUAGGCUGGGUGGCCCUGCAGCUUUUUAACUUUAAUGGUGUACUGUUGACUGGUACACAAAUUCUUGGACUCUGGCCAGAUUCCAAGGCAAACCCUGUUGGUUCCUGCACAUCGAACCUUCUACACCCCAACAGUGUCUUACUCCUGGUAACAUUUGAGAGAUACCUAUCAGAAAUUGUAUUCCCUGACUGCAGUGAUUUCCCCGGUUUUGAUGAUAUGGACCACUGCAUCCCUGAGGCAGACUAUGGCCUGUUUGAAGAGAUCCUUAUGAAGGAUUUAUUCAAUGAGUUGAAGCCAAAUGAGAGGAGUAUUCUGUGGGAGCAUAGGUUUUAUUGUCGUAGUGUACCGCGGGCAUUGCCUCUGGUCCUGUCUUCAGCUCCAUCAUGGGAUAUCCAGUCCUUGCCAGAGAUCUACAAGCUUCUACAUACAUGGUCACCGAUGAGUCCAGUGGAUGCCAUGGAACUUCUCAAGGUAAACUUCCCAGACCGCCAUGUGCGAUCCAUGGCCGUGCGAUGGAUGGCAAACUUUAGUGAUGACGAGCUAUGUGACUACCUGCCUCAGCUUGUCCAGGCAUUAAAGUAUGAAAUCUACCAUGAUUCCGCCCUUACUCGCUUCCUGGUCAGGAGAGCGCUUGGUAAUGUGCGUCUCAUGCACCUGCUCUUUUGGUUCUUGAAGGACAAAAUCAGCGAGCCCCAGUUUGGCCAGAGAUUCCAGGUGAUCCUUGGUGGGCUGCUCAACAUAUGUGGAGAGGCGCAAAAGGAAGAGUUCACAUUCCAGGAUGACCUCGUCACGGAGCUCAUCAAGGUCGCGCGAAAAGUAAAAUCAGCGAAGGACUCGGCGCGAAAUAACAUCCUACAACAAGAGUUGGCAGCACUUGCCGGUAAACUUUGCUGCGUGUUUCGUCUGCCCAUCACCCCCAGCCUCGAAGUGGUGGGCAUGGAUGUACGCUCCUGUGGCUACUUCACCUCCAACUCCGCCCCGCUCCGCCUAGUCUUCAGGAACGUGGAUCCGUUCGGCGAGAAUGUGAACGUCAUUUUUAAGAUGGGAGAUGACAUGCGCCAAGACACGCUGACCAUGCAGCUCGUGGGCAUUAUGAAUAAGAUAUGGCUGCAGGAGGGACUGGACUUGAAGAUAAUCACGUAUCAGUGCAUGGCGACAGGCCCGGGUAUGGGCAUGAUAGAGAUUGUCAGUGACUCACAGACUCUACGGGAAAUUCACACAGAAUUCGGUUUAACCGGCUCAUUCAAAGAUGAGUCCAUCAAUCGCUGGCUUCUUAAGUUCAAUCCUGAUGAGAAGGAGUACAGAAGAGCGGUGGAAAACUUCACAGCUUCGUGCGCUGGGUACUGUGUCGCCACCUAUGUUCUCGGGAUCUGUGAUCGUCAUAAUGACAACAUCAUGAUCCAUCGUAGCGGUCACCUCUUUCACAUCGACUUCUCCAAGAUCCUCGGGCAUGCGCAGAUGUUCGGCAAUUUCAAGCGCGACCGAGCACCCUUUGUCCUGACGCCAGACAUGGCUUACGUCAUCAAUGGCGGCUAUCGUCCGAGCCCGCGAUUCCAGCACUUCAUUGACCUGUGUAGCCGCGCCUUCAACCUGAUUCGCCGACACUCCAACCUUUUCCUCAACCUGCUAUCACUCAUGCUGAAUUCUGGGAUAGGGUCGCUAGGCAACGUCAGCGACCUGCGAUACAUCUGGGACUCUCUGCUCCCACAAGAGAGCGAGGCUGAGGCCACGGCUGCGUUCACGCGGUUGAUUGAGUCCAGUCUCUCCUCUUGGUUUACACAGGUAAACUUCUUUAUCCACAACGUGGCGCAGAUCCGUGAUGUGAGCCAGCUUAAGAGGACCUCGUCUGGGAACGCGUCCAUUUCCUUGCUCUCGUUCGCGCUCAAGACAUACACGCUUGAGAUGGACGGCUUUAUCGAGUCUGCGCGCGUAGUCGACUACCAAAAGCGCUACAACACAGAGAAGUACUACAUCUACGUCAUCAAUAUUUGUCGCGCAAACUCAGAUCAGGCAACAUUUGUUUUCCGUCGCUUUGGCCACUUCAUCGAGCUCCACGCCAAGUUAUCGGAGCUCUAUCCGGACAUCGCGUUGCCUAGGUUACCGGCCAGGAUAUAUUUGGGCCGGUCGCAGAUCCGUACAGUUGCUGAGCGGCGGCGCGCAGAGUUAGACACGUUUUUGAGGCAUUUGUUGAUGAUGCCGCAAGAGAUCUCGGAAUCGGACGUCCUUUAUACCUUCCUACACCCAAUACCAGAGGACGAAGCAGAGACUGGGAAAUUCUCUGUUCGAUUGCUGCCUGAGGAGCAACGGGAGCGUGCCAUUACCGGUCAAAUCAAGCUUUCAAUUCGACACGAGCGUGGGGCACUUAGGGUAAUGGUGAUGCAUGCUAAAGACUUGUCCCCCCGGAACUCAAGCACCGCAGGGGACCCAUACGUCAAGCUCUACCUGCUGCCUGACCCCUCCAAGACAACCAAGCUCAAGACCAAGAUCGCUAAGAAGUCACAAAACCCCACAUACAAUGAGACCCUAGUAUACAGCAAUCUGUCAGCGGCUGAUCUGAAAACCCGCCACCUUCAAGUGACCGUAUGGGAUCACGACCGCGUUGGCGAGAAUGACUUUAUGGGGGGCGUGGUCAUCAACCUUGCUGACAUGGACUCGUCAAUCAAUAUAACUAACUGGUACCCCCUCAAAGACAUCCGCUCAUGACAUGCGCUCAUAGUAAGUCUGCUGACCAGUUCUGAACAUGUGGGCACAUUUCAAUGUGAUCGCUGAACGUUAUAUUGGUUGGAAUGCCGGCUCACUUGCCUUACUCUCGGGAAGAGAAAUGUCUUAACACCACCUAUGUCGACAAUUGUACGGAAAGUCUUUUGUAGAAUAUUUUUUUAGGUAACCAUAGAGGGAGGGAGAGCUCUUGUCAACAAAUAUUUAACAGUUUGUUCUGGGAUUUCUUUAUCCCGCGGACUUCCUGUGUCGAAAAAGAUUUGGGUAACCAAAGACAAAGCUCUAGUCGACAAAUAUUUAACAAUAUGCUCUGGGACUUUUUUGACGUUUGCGGACUACCUGUGUCGAAGAAGAUUUGACCGCUCCAGUCAACCAAAUAUUUAAAAGCAUGCUCUAGGAUUUCUUUGUCCUAUGCGGCCACUUGUCCCGAGGAGAAUUUGGUUAACGAAGGAUUGCUCUAGUCAACAAAUCUGUAGUACCUGUAAUGAGAUUUCUUUUUAACAUGAGGACUGCCCCAGUGGACGACACAGCUGUCCACAAAAAUGCAUAUCUCAUGAAAAAGUUGUUGGUCAACAAAUUUAACACUAAAUGGUCGUAAAUAAAUGAACAAAAUAAUCGUCUUUUUGGAUAAGGAAGCAUUGUAGUAUAUAAGUGUAUUAUUUUGCAUACGUCGUAAAGCUAGUAUUUCCAAAAAUGUAAUUUAAACCUAAGUUGUUAAGAGCCGUCCGAAAUUGCUCCAAAAAGAAUAUUUUAGCACAAUUCUCGAACUGCUCUUUCAUUCCAUGUAUUCCAUUGUAUAUGUAAUAUAAUACUGGUAACGAGUAGUUAACCUUAUUAUAUAUAUAUUCUUUUUAUCACAAAGAAAUUAAUAAAGGGAUAUUUGUAAAUAAUAAAAACACGAUAAACGAAA